AUGCACCAUAGCAUGAAGGCUCUGAUGACAGAAAAUCGCCGGGCCCUAGCAAAUCACCAGCUGGAAUUACACCUCCUAUUGGAGUCACGCCAAAUAUUGGAGCUACAAGUCCCUUGGGACUAUGAGCAGAAACUGGAACUCAACAUUCAGGCCAUAGAAUGGCUAAAUCAGUAUCAGUUUAACCAGGAACUGCACAACCGUCAAUACUGGCUAGUGGACAGUAUGUCAACCGAGAGCUCCUUCCAGCUCUCUUCUUCUCAGGAGAACUGGGAAAUGUCCAACCAAGUAGGACCAACCCAUUCCACAUUGUCACUUGGAACAUACCACAUCUCGGGGAACAUCCCACGCCUAUACCAAAUCCAAGAAGGCCUUUGCACAUGGUCGUGGAACGCCCUCCUCCAAGACAAUGAGGGAUACAAAACCUUCCUAUACCCCAGGAUGGUACCAACGAGGAGGAACCGCCAAUCUAUUGAAGAAAUGAAGAAAGAAGGGGUCGAGGAAGCUAGGCAACCCUCCAAUGUGGAACAACCGUUGGCAGGGGUAUUCAACACCGGUCUGGAACACCUCCUAUUAGUGCUCAACUUUGUGCAGAUGAGGGACAGAAUAGCUAAAAUGAUCUUGGAAAUUAUGACAAUGUGGACCCCUGUUAUCGACCCGACAAGGAAGGCAAUGGCUAUCAAGGACCUUUUGAUUACUACUAAACACCAACAGGGCAAGAAAGAGGGUAAGGAAGUUGAGGAACUCCUUGACCCAGGGUCCAAAAUAACUUAA